UCUGACUUGUGCUGGGGUUUCGUUUACGGGCGUCUGAGACGCUCAGAAGAAGACGGGCCCUCGGCCAGGACAGAAUAUCGCUCUGCAUCUCAGUACCUGCCAACGUCGGGCUCCUGCAGGAACAGGUGCUUUGAGCUGACCGAGAUGGAGCCGUCAAACUGCCGCUGUGAUAACUUGUGCAAGACCUACAAUGGCUGCUGCUCGGACUUCGACCAGCUCUGCCUCCAGACAGAUGGAGGAUAUGAAUGCAGCAGAGAGCGGUGUGGAGAAGCCAGAAACAACCAGCAUGCCUGCCACUGCUCCGAAGACUGUCUGAUCAGAGGAGACUGCUGCACCAACUACAAAAAGAUGUGUAAAGGAGACACUUCCUGGCUGCAGGAUGAAUGUGAGGAGAUCAGAGCUGCUGAAUGUCCUGCUGGGUUUGUGCGUCCGCCGCUCAUCAUAUUGUCAGUGGAUGGAUUUAGGGCUUCUUAUGUGAAGAGAGGGAAAAACAUCAUGCCCAACAUCGAGAAACUUAGAACAUGUGGAACCCAUGCUCCCUACAUGAGGCCUGUUUACCCUUCUAAAACGUUCCCAAACCUCUACUCACUGGCUACGGGACUCUACCCAGAAUCUCAUGGCAUCGUUGGAAACUCCAUGUAUGACCCGGUGUUUGAUGCAACCUUCAACCUGAGGAGCCGAGAGAAGCUGAACCACCGCUGGUGGGGAGGACAACCAAUCUGGAUAACGGCGUUCAAACAAGGAGUGAAGGCUGCCAGUUUCUUCUGGCCCAUGGCCAUCCCGGUAGAGAGGAGGAUACUGACCAUGCUGCAGUGGCUUCACCUUCCCGAAGCAGAGAGGCCUUAUGUGUACGCCAUGCACUGUGGACAACCAGACACGUAUGGACACAAGAUGGGGCCCAUGAAUACAGAACUCAACAGUUCUCUGAAGGUGGUAGACAGGAUUGUUGGUCAGUUGAUGGAUGGACUUAAGCAGAUGAAACUGCAUCGAUGCGUCAACAUCAUCCUGGUGGGGGAUCAUGGUAUGGAAGAAGCCCACUGUGAUCGGACAGAGUAUCUCAGUAACUACAUGAGCAGUGUUGAUGACAUUAUCCUCGUCCCUGGAUCCCUCGGCAGAAUACGCCCCAGAUACCCCAACAGCCCAAAAUAUGACCCUAAGACUGUUGUUGCAAAUCUGACAUGUAAGAAACCAGAGCAGCACUUUAAGCCGUACUUGAAACAACACCUGCCCAAGAGACUGCACUACGCCAACAAUCGGCGUAUUGAAGCCAUUCACCUGCUGGUGGAGAGGAAGUGGCACGUUGCCAGGAAAGUCCCCGAAGGGAGGAGACAUUGUGGCUUUUUGGGAGACCACGGCUAUGACAACAAGAUAAACAGUAUGCAGACUAUUUUCUUGGGCUAUGGACCUACAUUUAAAUUCAAGACAAAAGUUCCAGCCUUUGAAAACAUUGAGCUUUAUAAUGUCAUGUGUGAUCUUCUGGGUCUGAAACCGGCCCCGAACAACGGCACCCACGGCAGCCUGAACCACCUGCUGAACCCCGCUCCCUUCAGACCCGCCAUGCCGGAGGAGGUUUCCAGGCCCACAGCCUCCAGUCUCGUUCCCAUGGUAACGGAUGACCUGGGCUGCAGCUGCGAUGAAAAGUUGCGUGUAAAAAGUAGGGGCCAGAGAGGUUUGAAAGUGGCCCUUGUGCGAGGCUAUAACCUGGAGUCACUCUGGCUCUGUCUCUUACAGAACAAAGUGGAGGAGCUAAAUCAACGAUUGAGGCAAGCUAUCGAUGACAGCAGAAACCUGCCGUACGGUCGCCCUGCUGUUCUCUUCCGCACCAAAUACUCCGUACUCCGUCACGGCGACUACAUCAGCGGCUACAGUGAAACUCUCUCCAUGCCGCUCUGGACGUCGUUCACCGUCAGCAGACAGGUUGAGGUGUCUCCUCUGCCUGAAGCUCUGUCCAGCUGUGUGAGACCAGACGCCAGAGUUGUUCCAGCUUCCAGCCAGUCCUGCACUAACUACAGAACAGACAGACACAUCACACACGCCUUCCUGUACCCACCACAGUUGUCAUCAAACUUGGACAAAAAGCAUGAUGCCUUCCUCAUCACAAACACCGUGCCCAUGUACCCCACAUUCAAAAGGAUAUGGGGUUUCUUUCAGAGAGCACUGGUGAAGAAAUAUGCCAUCGAGAGAAACGGCGUGAACCUUCUCGUUGGACCCAUCUUUGACUACGACUACGAUGGAAUCCGAGACUCGGCUGAGAAGAUAAAAGAAUACACCAGCAGGACGGUCCACAUACCCACCCACUACUUUGUGGUCCUCACCAGCUGCUUAGACUUCACACAGACGGCAGAUUCCUGUAACGGUCCGCUGAGCAGCGCUGCUUUCAUCCUGCCGCACAGACCCAACAACGAGGAGACCUGCAACAGCUCAGAGGACGAGUCUCGCUGGGUGGAGGACUUGAUGAAGAUGCACACGGCUCGGGUCCGGGACGUGGAGAUCCUCACAGGACUGGACUUGUACCGCAGAACCACCCGGAGCUACACGGAAAUCCUGUCUCUCAAGACCUACAUGCAGACGUACGAGAGCGAGAUCUGACCUCUGCUGGCUCUCUGGACUUCAGUAUGGCUCAUCUGUGGUGAAUUUCAUCAGCUGGACUCACCCCGAGAGCAUCCAGCUCGCUGGAGAACUACAGCGCCGUGCUUCUCCUCAUCUCAUAACCGGUUUAAACAGCAAAAGGCAGUUUUUUUUAGGAAGUAAACAAUAUAAUUAAAUACAUUUGAGUUUAGUGCACAUUCUCAAGGAAAAACUUCUGACACAUCGUGAACCUGUGGCUUUUUACAAUGAUAUUUUAUAUAAUAUAUAAUCCAUAAAUGUGCGUAAUAAUAAAGGACUACAGAUUUACUAAUGUUAUUUUAUACUUUCAAAAUGUGCAUCUUACAUAAAACAUCUAAUUAUUUUAAGUAAGUAUAUUUGCCGGGAUGUAAACUGUUUUUUUUUUAAUGUAAAAACAAAUGAAUAAAAAUUGUGA